AUGUCUUUUCCUCCCACCAGCUCUACGCGUGCUAAAACGGAAAGGGAAUUCGUACGAUAUCGGCCCCAGGUACAAGCAUUGAAUAUCGAAGCAGAAGAGGAACGCUUUCCUGAUGAUGUGCCUAGGCCAACUGUCUCUGCUUGGAGGUGUAAUCUGGCGGCCUUCUCGCAGCGUCGAAAUCUGCUUUUUACAGCUCAAGUUGAAGACAUUUACGUAUGGAUUCCCAGUGGACCUCGCCAGCUCCUUGGCUCCCAACCUGAGAUGAUCAUUCACCCGGUGAUGAAGGAACCCGAUUCGGCUGGAUACAUCGAUCGCUCUAGGCCUCAUACAAUCAAUCAUAUCAUUGUUGAUGAUUUGGGGGUUGAUGAGGUUUUGCUUUUAGCGACAGAUUCUGGAAACGUCACCGGCUACAAUGUUGAGGCUAUUUUCUCGGCAAUCAAUAGGAGCGCCAAAUAUGGAGGCGGCCGACCAUUUGAUGCGCAUGAAAUAAAGCCUUUCUUCGCUGAACAUGUUUAUUUGAGUGCUUGGGGCUUAGCUACCCACAAGUUUUCUCGGUUGAUCGCCGUCAGCGCGAACACGGGUGAUAUCACAGUCUUUGCUUUUGCCUUGAUGGAUGUGGUGUCUGAAAAUGAUGGUAGCAGUCCCAAUUCCUCUGAGACCUCAAAUUUGGGAGGCUCUGGAAACACAUGGGUGUCAAUACACAAUGCAGAGUUGAUGCAGGGUCUGAAAAGGUCCAUGCCCCGUCAUCGCACACGCAACCUGCGGCUCACCUAUAGGGGUCAUUUUGACAACAUUCCAUGCGUGUCGUUUGCCAACUUUGAAUUGGACCCCAACGGUCUGUGGAUGAUAAGUACCGAUAUCCUCAACAACGUCUCCAUAUGGAGAGUCUGGGACAGCUUAAGUCCUGUCGAUAUCUCCAGUUACGAUUGUUUAGAGAGUGGUCGAGAGCAAAAGGGGUGGUUCGUUUUGCCUUUACAUCCUCGCAGGGUUCAACAGCACCUCCUCAAGUUUCAUGCCUGUGGAUGUGACCCAAAGCGAACCAUGAUGGAUGAUCAGGUGGUUUUCGACGUGACGGAGGCGGCUGAUUAUGUCGAAGCCAGAUCCGUCCUCGCUUCUCAGAAAAUCGCUGCUGAGGAACAUGCAACGGUUUCGAGCAUAUUUCUAGAAGACGAUAUUUUCCCUUCUGGCUGUGUUCAUACUGAAUUCCGACCGCAACUAUUGAGCUCAGAGCAUAACAAUACCACUCUACAAGCCUCCGAAAUAGCUUCUCCUCCCGAUACUGUUGACACUACUGAUGUCAGCUCUGAAGUAUCACAAGACCAGCAGGUGGCUUCGCGCCGUCACUCGAUUCGCGUGAGACGUGGUAUUAACAAUUUGGUUGAAGAAGAAAAUGAGCAAUGGGGCCCGGAUUUUGCUGCUGAAGUACCUGCUGCUGAAGUGGAUGUUUUGACAGGCUCUGUACACCAUCCGACCAACCCUCGGUUUUUCCCUAUUCUCCAUUUUUCUGGAAAUACCAUCACUCUGAAUCCUUAUCCAUUAGACCAUGUAUUGCGGACGGUUUCUCGGUCUCCACUUGAUUCGCUGGUAGAGCAUUCUCCGUUCUACUCCUGUGAUCGCUUAAACUUGGUCAAGUACCUCCCUGAACUUGGGAUCGUUAUUGCCGCCUCCCAGGCCGGUGGAGUUGCCAUCAUCACUCUUACAUGGCAGGAAGAAAUUGGCCACACUUUUCGCCUAGACUGGCUUCUCCCUUUCAUCACCCAGGAGAGGGACGAUGGAUGUCCACCACUACCUCUUAUGGGUAUUGCUGCAAGUCCCAUGCCUGGAUUUGAGAUACCACCGGAUGUCCCUUGUAUUCCCCAGGAUGUCAACCCCAAGGAUCAGUUGAAAUUCAACCACCGUCUACUCAACCCAGAUGAAGAUGAACCUUAUGUCGCAAACCCGCCCGAAUCCUGGGCUUUCAGUCCCUCUGGCCCGGAUAUUAUCCCUAGCUCCGAAGACCCGAACCUUACAAUUCCUGAAACCCACGCCUAUGCCUCGGAAAUCUACCAACCUCAUGAGACCUGGCAUGGUUACCAUCCUUCUCGACAUUACAGGUUGCUUUUGCUAUUCUCUGAUCUCACAGUCAUGAGCUAUGAGUUUUGGCACGACUGGAGAGGUUGA